AGAGUCGAUGACCUGUCAUUUGCUAGCGAGAGAGAGAGAGCGUGUGGGAAAAUAUUUCAGCCAAAGAGCCUGUGCAUUCACAUGCUAAUGCGUAUUCCUAUAAAUACGGGACGUGUGCAGCGCGGAGGGCCUUAGAAACAUUGAGUGAAACUGCACAUAAGCCACUUGAGAUGACUGCUACCAACAUCCAGCAGAAUGCAGGCCAGAUCAGCGCUAAAGAUGAUAGAAAGCUGCGGAAACCGCUUAUUGAGAGGAAAAGGAGGGAACGAAUAAAUCACUGUCUGGAUCAACUGAGACAGACUGUAGUUGGAGUGUUCAGUCUUGAUCAAUCCAAGCUGGAAAAGGCAGAUAUUCUGGAGAUGACCGUGAAACAUUUGCAGAAUGUUCAGAGCAGUAAAAAAGUUUAUGACCCCCUCCUGAACGCAGAGGCUCAACAGAGAUAUAGUACUGGGUACAUCCAGUGUAUGCAGGAAGUUCACAACCUUCUACUCUCCUGUGACUGGAUGGACAAAACCCUUGGGUCUCGCCUUCUCAACCACUUGCUCAAAUCUCUACCAAGAUCACUCAUAAACCACCCUCAGCAUCCCAAGAACUGCCUGACAAGCAUUUUCUCAAACCAAAGUGACAAUGUUGGUUAUCAUUCCAAUGAGAUGGAUAGCCUAGGAACCUGUCAUUCUCCUGUUAUACCUCCUCAAAGUCCGUGCUCUAUUCCUGUAAGGCCACAUGCCAUGGAGAACCCGCACCUCUCUAUUCUAAAGAUGUGGCGGCCCUGGUGAAAGUAUAUGACUGUAUGCGUGUCUGUUUGUUUAUGUAUGACAGUUUAGGAUUUAUGACUAACUUGUGUCAUUGUGUGUGUGUGUGUAUAUAUAUACAUACAUACAUACAUAAUAUAUACAUAUAUAUAAACAUGUAAGCCAAGAAUGAUAAUAUGCUUGAGUGAAUGUACAAAUGUGGAAAUGCAUGCACACAUAGUGAAUAGGGGUGUAUAUGCACCCUAAGUGUGCUUUCUGUGCACUGUAAAAAAAAAUAUGCAGCAUUUUUUGUGAAAUCACAUAUAUUUUUAGGUUAUUUUAGGUACAUUUUUUCAGUUUCAACUUGAGUUUAAAAGUUAUGUCAAAUUUUUAAGCCAAAACUUAAAAUAGUAGGUUGAAUUGACUUGCAGAACCAAGUUGUUUUAACUUCGUGCUGCAUUUUUUUUUUUACAGUGCAUGUGGUAGACCCUCCUCUGAUAUGUAUCUUAUAGAUAUGCUUCUCUGCAAGCGUGUGUGAGUUGGAUCCAGUACAGAAUAGCUCUCAUUUCAGACCCUGUCUACUUCCUUUCUGAAGUUAUUCUACUGUAGCCUGAAUUAUAGAAGGCCACUAAUAAUCAGCUUAUUUAUUUAAUUCACACUAUAUAUCAUUUAAUGAUAGUAUUUCUAUGCUAAAAUCUUUUUAAUAUAAAUUUAACACACAUUAGCUACUAAUGUUUUA